CUGAUUGGCAUACUAAUGUUUUGAUUAUUGUGCAGCAAUUGGACAUAUGACAAGGGGGUUCGCCAGCCGUCGAGCAUGAUUGGAGCUCUUAUUAGGCAGUACUGGCCGGGCUUUUACACUCCGGUCCCCGGCGGCGAGAAGAAGCUAGCCGAGACUUGGGCGGACUAUGAGGCAGCUCCUUGCCCGGGCUUUGGGACAGCUUCUGACGCCGUGUACACCAAGUUUUGGACCCAUUAUAAGGUGCCUGAUGAUAUGGUUGAGCUAGGGAAGGCGGUACUGACUAGGGCUUGUCAGAGGUUGACAAGGCAACAGUGGUACAAUCAGAAGCAUACCUGCAUCGGGCACUUCAAGGCUGAGCAGGGCACGAGGGUCAAGAAAGCUGACAAUAUCAGGGACGAUCCUCAGAUGACAAAGGAAGAUUACUUCAAGGUUAUGCCCCUAUGGUGCGAGAAUAAGGAAGACGCAUUUGAGGCCUUGGUAGCGAGGUGGGUUGGCGAAGACGCCGACUUCAACGCCAAGAGCGAGGCGGAACUCGGGGAGCCUCUCACCGAGGUGGGAGGGUGGCAGAAGAUGAAGCCGAAGCAGCCCGAUCCGAGCCGGCCUCAGCCCUCGCUGCCCGAGUACUACGGCUUUGCCGAAGAGGAGUUGGACAAGUACUGCUCGGUGUUCAAGGGUCUUCAUCCGGAGGUGGAUGAUCCUAUUGAGCAGGAGACCGACUUGACGGCGAUUAUGGUGGCGGGGAGCGGCUCGGAGCAUGGCCGCACGAAGCUUCUUAGUGGGGUGAUCAAGCCGCAGAGGACCCUCACGCAGAUCAGGUCUACCCUCACCGCCGGCGACCCACCGGUCGCGCCUCCUCGACACCGUCGUACGGAUGCUCACUUUGAGGCCGCCUCACGCGGCCGCUUAUGA